AUGUCACCCGCAAUCAACGCCAAGUCAGCCGCUACGAACACCACGUCAGCCACCAUCCAAACCGCGUCAGAGCCCUGGGAGGAGGCCAUUAACUCGCAGCUUGCGGCGUGGUUCGACGACUCGCACUGGACGGACGAACCGCCUUCCAUGACCGUUACCGUUGGGGACCACGGCCGCGGCCAGCUUGACGGCGUCGCGACCGUCGCGCUCCCCCCAGAUACGGUUUUCUCGAUUCUCUGCGAUCCGCACAACCGCCGCGUGUUCACGUUCAUAAAGUCGGUCAAGAACGAGCGCGUCGUGAGUGACUGUAACGGGGUGAAGGUGGUCGAACUGGACAUAGUGUUCGCGCUCAAGGUGCCCUUCUUUACAGGCACGUUCGACGCGCACCUGCGCAACGUGCACGACCGCCCCAACCGCAGGGUCACCUUCUGCCUGUCGCGCCCCGGCUUCAUGCGUAAAUUCGAGGGAUACUGGCAGGUUGAGCCGCUCCUCGUCCCCGCUUCCGCCACCUCCGCCGCUUCUGCCGCUCCCGCCACCUCCGCCGCCUCCGCCGCCUCCGCCGCUCCCGCCGCUUCCCCCGCUUCGGCCGCCACGCCUUCAGCCAGCGAUGUGACGGUGCCUCCCCACUCCCCUUUUCCCCCCGCUGCCUCCCCGCCCUCGUUUUCCGCCUCUGCCGACUUGGCAGACUCCUUCCCCACAGACGCCGUUGCUUCCGCUCCGCCAUCGCCGCUCUCGGAUGUCAUGUUUCUCGGCAGCUUCUCUGACUGCGAAUCAGAGACCGAUUUCGAAUUGGAUCCUUCUGCCAGCGAUUCGUCUGGCAGCGUCAGCAGCAGCCCGGACCGCUUCCCUUCCCGCACAGUACCAGACCUCGCCGCUGCGAGCAUCAGCGGCGGCGGCAUGUGCGGCGGGUUAGGCGGGGACGGUACCGCGCGCGUGGCGUCGCGGCUGGUGCUGCAGCAGGUGGUGGAGCCGUCGCUAGCACCGCCCCCAAUGUUCCGACGCUGCGUUCACGCGCUGCUCAAGGCGGCCACACGCGACGUGCUCGUCGUUUUCCAGUACGAAGCCGCGCGGAUCCGGAGCAGCAAGGGGAAAUUCCCCUGGAAAAAUGGAGCGGAAGCGGGUGCGGAGGAGGGGGGAGGGGGGAAAGGAAAGGCGGGGAAGAGCUCGAAGCUGGGAGCGCUGUUUUUGCACAAGGAGGCGCUUGGAGGGAAGAAAAGUGGGUUCGGCACGGGGAGAGGGGGUUUCGGGUUGAAGAAACCGGCGCAGCGGAAGGCAUGGAGUGGGUGUGAAGGUGACAAUGAUGGAGAGCCAGUAAGCAACCCAUGGAAGCUACAGCGCUGA